UGCAGCUAUUCAAUAUGCUGGAGCAGACUAACAUCUUGUCUGGUUUAUGCGUGAAAACCGUAUCCAUUCAACAACAGCCCAAUGAGGGUUAUCCUUCAGUAAAAUAUUAUUGAUCUUCAUGUAACUGACAAUAUCAUCUUCAGUUUUCUUUCUAAGUUCUAGAACUUUGUGGAUAUUGUCAUGUCUGAUUCAAAAUCAAGCCGUAAUGAUGGUGGUAAUAAGACUACAGGUCGAAAUAUUCCCUCGUGGAUGGCCUCUGGAGGUCAUGGGAAUAAAUCCCAUGGUAAGAAGCCAGCUGAUGUUAAUAUCAAAGGGAAAGAUAACGACCUUAAGAACUCAAAGGAGACCAGGUGCAGUGACAAGUCAGCAAAUGGGGGUGAAGCUACUUCCAGUACUAUGAACUUCUCAAAACUUAUGGAAGGGGUUGUCUUUGUGUUGUCAGGGUUUGUUAAUCCUGAGCGCAGCAUAUUGCGAUCACAAGCAUUGGAGAUGGGAGCAGAAUAUCAGCCUGACUGGAACUCAAGUUGCACCCUUCUUGUUUGUGCUUUUCCUAAUACUCCAAAGUUUCAACAAGUUGAGGCAGAUUGUGGAACUAUUGUUUCAAAGGAUUGGAUUUCAGAGUGUUAUAACCAGAAAAAGCUUGUUGCGAUUGAAAGAUACCUCAUGUAUCCUGGAAAACCAUGGCGAAGGAAUACUGCAUGCCCUGGGUCUGGCAAAGAUCAAGAAGCUACCCUACCUAGAAAAACUGAAAAGCAAGUUAAGAAAAGAUCAAGUCCAAAGCAAAGUGCAUCUCCCAAGGGCAAGGGAGGAGCUCCUAAUUCAGCUCAAGAUCGCUUUUCCCCUUCUAAUUUGAAAAAGUGGGCUACUGAUGAUUUGAAUAAAACCAUCUCAUGGCUUGAAAGUCAAGAAGAAAGUCCAGAGCCUAGUGAAGUGAAGAAAAUAGCUGCAGAAGGGAUACUCACCUGUUUACAGGAUUCUAUAGAAGCUCUUGAGCAAAAAAAGGAUAUCCGGCAAGUGACAGAGGAUUGGAAAUUUGUUCCUCAUGUGGUCGAAGAAUUGGCAGGACUCGAAAGUGCAAGAAGUGGCAGUGAAUCACUCUCAAAGGAAGAUCUUUAUCAACAGGCUAUGAUAUGCAAAAGCAUUUAUAUGAUGGCAUAUGACAGUUUAGAAGCCCAGCCUGUCCAAAAGAGUAAGAAACCUAAGACUGGUAAAGAUCACAAGCAAGAUGGUGAUGAAACCGAAAACAAAGUCAAUCAUGCUGCAUAUGACAGUGAUGAUACAAUCGAAAUGACUGAAGAAGAGAUAGACAUUGCUUACAAAACUAUAGCUUCUAAGCUCUCCAAAUGUUAGUACGUUAGUACCUUCAUGGGCAUACACGCAUGCCAAUAUCGCAGACUACCAGAUGCUGUACAGAGACAAAAAUGCAGAGGACAAAUUUAAGGCAAUUCUUUUGCACACAUAUGUAGAGAUCAAAUUGGUUGGGCUUUCUGAAUUCCAAAGUAGCUGACAGGAAUUAUGUUUUCUC